AUGUAUCACAUCAUUAAUUCAAUUGAAGGAUUUGGUGCUAUUAAUAGUUUUACAACAGAACCCUAUGAGUUUUUGCAUAAAGAUUAUGUCAAAAUCCCAUAUAGAUUAAGUAACAAGCGUGAAGCAAUAGGACAAAUUAUUAAUACAGUUAGAAAAUUUGCAUUGGAAAAUUUUGAUGAAUUUUUUGAUAUUUAUAAGGAAAAAAAUAGUCUCGCUUCUGAAGCUUUACUAGCAUUAAGCUGUUUUCUUACAGCUUUAAAUGAUUUUUUUGAUUUAGAUGAUGAUUUAAAUGAGGAGUUAAUUACUAAUAAUACAAUUAUUUCUUGGUAUAGUUAUACAAAUAUGACUGCCAGUGAAGAUUGUAUUCGAGCAGUUAGCAAGUACUAUAAUGAAUCAGAAUUUAGUACAUAUGUGCCGAUUUUUGGAAUUAGUCUAAAUUAA